AAUUAAUUAAUUACUGCCCUAAACACCAGACAAUGCCAAGCACAAGCAUAAACACAACCCAAGCUUGACACAUUCACACCCUCACCACCAUCAUCUCCUCUCCCCAAUCCACGCCCACAUCACCACCAAAACAACCAUGCCCACCAAACCCACCACCAUCACCACCACCUCCCCCUUCACAGCCCACCCCUGGUGCACAACCCUCCUCAGAAACCCAUCCUACACCCUCCGCCCCGCCCAACACACCCUCCCCACCCGCGCUCCCACCGAAGACACCUUCUUCGCCCACACCCUCUCCACCCCAACCACCAUAUCCAGUCUCGUCUGUCUGUAUAAAAACCCACCUGUCCGCAACACCAAAAACACCAAAAACACAACCCCAACAACCCCAACAACCCCCCAAUCCCCCCAAUCCCCCGAAGCCCGCUGGCUCCUCGCCCUGCAAUCCCACCUAAACGGCUACCCGGACACCGCCCACGGCGGCCUCAUCGCCACCAUCCUCGACGAGAUAACCGGCUAUCUGAUCAACGUGAACGCCGACCUGAGAGAGGCGCGAGCAGCAGCAGCAGCAGCAGGAGCAGCAGCCGGUGUGCGCACCGCCCAGGAGGCAGGCGAAAUAGAAGAAAUAGAAGGUAAAGAAGGUAAAGAGGAAGAAGAAGACGAAGACGAAGCAGCACGGGGCUUCUACACCGCCUACCUGAACGUGCGGUACCGCGCGCAGCUCAAGACGCCGGGCGUGUACAUGGCCGUGGCGCGGUACGAGCGGGUGGAUGAGGCGCGGGGCAAGGUCUGGCUCAGGGCGGAGAUUGUGGAUGGGGGUGGGAGGGUGUAUGCGGAUGCGGAGGCGUUGUAUGUGCGGCCGCGGGCGAAGAUGUGAUGAUUGUUCUAUGUUUAGAUUUUUUGGGGGGGGGGUUUUUUUUGGAAAGAGAAAGAAGGGGAGAGAGGAAGAGAGGAAGGGGGUAAUGUCCCAUAUUAGCGACGUUCCAGGAGGCGAUAUCGUUGCAAGCGAACAACACAAGCCCCAUGACGGGCUUUAGAUUUUACGUUUAGAAGUUACAUGUACUCGAAGGUAUAACAAAAAACAAACCCCAUGUUCCAUG